CCUGGAAACCGUAGAAUCCUCUGUAGAUACGCACAAAAGCUAUAUUGUCGUAGCCGUAUAGCAUAUUUGUGCGGGAAUUUAGAGUCGAUCUGUCUCCCUGAAACGCAAUUGUCCUGUGGGCAUCCAAAGUGCAGCACGAUUCUACCUGCCUACAUAUAACGGAACAACGCACGGCCCAUCGCAAAAGUAACUUGGCAAUCAUAAGUACGUAGUGGCUCGAUAUCUAUUUUUUACUAAGGAGGAAUAUCGCGAUACGCAUAUUACUCAUUCGAGUCACCAGGUACUACGACGUCGAUAUCUGACAACAGGCAAGGUAAAAGUAUAUUGUUUUUACAUUCCUUGCUCAUUUUGUAUUGAGUAUUAUCGAAUUAAAUUCGUCUCUUGCUAAGAAAAGGUACUAUUUGUUAAUGCAGUUUUAUCAAAAUGGAUCGCACAGUGCAUUCUAAUGGAUGCUGCAGUAAACGUGUGAUGAUUCACCAAGCUGAAAUACCUAAUAUAGAAGUGGCAGACGUAAGUACUCCCCGCAGGAUGGUCAAUGCCGCAAAGAGGAGGCAUGUUGUGCCCCGCCAGCAUACAGCUCAUGCUCACACUGUUGAAACAGCUUAUAAUCUAGGAACAAUGCAGCAAAUGAACCUUAAAAGAAUAAUACCAAGUAAUAUGCACACACUAACCAGGAUGAUGGACACGCAACAUCAUGAAGAUCCAAACAAUCGUAGAGAUGUUAAUGAAGGACCGUUAAUGCCUCCAUACACCGAAUUGCUAUCGGAAUACCGUCAACUUGCACAAUCGCUAUUUCGCCGUGUAUACUAUGACCUCAGUAGAGGGAUAGGAGUACCGGACGAAGGAAUAAACUACAUGUACAAGAGUCCAAUGAAUAAUAUCAGUACGUCGACCUACGGAAUGUACGGCGAGAUAAAGCCCACGUGCUUAACACAAAUUUGUGCGGAGCUCACUCGUUUUGGGCUAGAUAAUCUUAGUGUAGUAGUGGACCUUGGAAGUGGAAGAGGUGCACCUAACUUCUUAUUCGCACACCAAGUGCCAGUAUUCGCGUCCAUAGGUAUAGAGCUCUGCCCAGUCAGUUACAGGUCAUCGAUCAUCAACCUAAUAGAAUAUCUCAAAGUAGAUGUUGCUAAAUUAGUUAGUGAAAUGACAGGAUUCUGCACAUAUGAAGAAAUCAAAGCCUAUGUCCUACCGAAGGCGCAAUAUGUAAUAAAGGAAGAAGAUAAAUUGGACCCAACUAUGGUCACUCCCACUGCUAAGUUGGACUCCGUCAAGCUGGAACUUCUCAGUGGGCGUAGUAACACGUCCAAAAGGUGCACUAACUCAGAUAGUGUCAACACGCACUACCAAAAUUACUCGAACCAUGGUGAUGAGACGUCAGCCACACCACAGGGAUCGCACUCAAGUACGUCAUCAGAUGAUGACUCACUCUACUAUCGUGUACUCAACGAAUUCACCAAAAUGCACUCGACACUAGCUGUUGGAUUCUGUAAUGAGGAUAUUGCAGCCUUCGACCAUUUUGAAGGGGCGUCCCACAUAUACUCAUUUGAUGCCGCUAUGGAAAAAGCAUUAGUUAAUAAUAUUGUACGGCAAUUUAAAAACACAAAGGGUGCAUGGCUAUUGGCAUCAUUUGUAGGGAACUUAAUAGAAGACUAUGAUCUAACAGGAUGUUUCCUAGCAUCACGCAUACCAUGCCAAAUGUACAAAAGCGGAGAACGCCGAUGCUGCUAUAUAUAUGUAAAGAAUAACUGGGAAAUGAUUAAACAAUCACAUGAUUGGAUGAUAGCAGAAAAGUUCGGCCUCUGCCACCGUCCUGAAGCCACAAAUGUUAAAACACAGGAUGUAGUUAACAGGAUACCUAAAAACAGAUGUACAUGCAAUGGAGCCAAGAAGGUAUCUCUAAAGGACAGUGGGCAUGUUAUCCCAACUGGAGUCGAUAACAGCACAUGCUACGCCGUAUUGUCACAAUUCUACGAACCCGUAAGUAUAAUGGAGUUGAUUAAGUUGGCUAAAAUGCCGCUUGAAAAACAAAUUGGAUGGUACCUAGCAAAGCGACAUCGACCUGAUUUUGUAUUAACAAGAUCGAGGACUACUAAUAUCAUCGAUCAGAAGCGUCGUGCUUUGUGCCAACAACGCAACAAGUUGGUAGAAUUAAUAGCAACCGCAACGGAUAUAAAAUCUACAUCGAAUUACGUAAAAGCUCUACAAAGACACAUACAGCAGAAUUACGAGCCUGCAUUCACAUUCCCGUUCACAAUGUAACAGAACAUUACGUUAAUGUC